AUGUCGCUGGCCAUGUGGAAAUGGACUUGCCUGGUUUCUCACCUCCUGCUGUCCACCACAAUGUCACCUCUUGGCAGACAGCAGCCACCCCAUCCAAAGAGGCCCUUCAUCACCUUCACCGGAGAACAAGCAGAGGGAAACUUCAACCAUUUGGUGGUGGAUGAAAGAACUGGGCACAUUUACUUGGGGGCUGUCAACAGGAUCUACAAACUCUCCAGUGACCUGAAGGUCCUGGUGACCCACGAGACUGGUCCUGAUGAUGAUAAUCCCAAGUGUUACCCUCCCAGGAUAGUCCAAACCUGCAAUGAACCCUUGACUCCCACCAACAACAUAAACAAAAUGCUCCUCAUAGACUACAAGGAGAACCGGUUGAUAGCCUGUGGGAGUCUGUACCAAGGCAUCUGCAAGCUCCUGAGGCUGGAUGACCUUUUCAAGCUCGGAGAGCCCUUCCACAAGAAGGAGCAUUACCUCUCUGGGGUGAAUGAGAGUGGCUCUGUUUUUGGAGUCAUUGUUUCUUACAGCAACAUGGAUGACAAGCUGUUCAUCGCCACGGCUGUAGAUGGCAAACCGGAGUAUUUCCCCACCAUCUCCAGCAGAAAGCUCACCAAGAACUCUGAGGCUGAUGGGAUGUUUGCCUAUGUCUUUCAUGAUGAGUUUGUGGCCUCUAUGAUCAAGAUCCCUUCAGACACCUUUACCAUCAUCCCCGACUUCGAUAUCUACUACAUCUACGGCUUCAGCAGUGGGAACUUUGUCUACUUCCUGACUCUGCAGCCUGAGAUGAUCUCCCCACCCGGCUCCACCACAAAGGAGCAGGUUUAUACCUCCAAGCUGGUGCGGCUUUGUAAGGAGGACACGGCCUUUAACUCCUAUGUGGAGGUGCCCAUUGGCUGUGAGAAGAAUGGGGUGGAAUAUCGAUUGCUCCAGGCUGCCUACUUGUCGAAGGCUGGAGCCAUCCUGGCCAGGUCUCUGGGUGUUGGCCCCGAGGAUGAUAUCCUCUUCACAGUCUUCUCCAAGGGGCAGAAAAGGAAGAUGAAGUCCUUGGAUGAGUCUGCUCUUUGCAUCUUUGUCCUGAAAAACAUCAAUGACCGCAUCAAGGACAGGCUUCAGUCCUGCUACAGGGGAGAGGGGACGUUGGAUCUGGCCUGGCUUAAGGUCAAGGACAUUCCCUGUAGCAGCGCGCUGUUAACAAUUGAUGACAAUUUCUGUGGCCUGGAUAUGAAUGCCCCCUUGGGAGUAUCAUCCAUGGUGCGAGGGCUCCCCAUUUUCACUGAGGAUGGGGACAGGAUGACCUCGGUGAUUGCCUAUGUCUACAAGAACCACUCCUUGGCUUUUGUGGGCACCAAGAGUGGGAAGCUCAAGAAGAUCCGUGUGGAUGGCACCACCAAGAACACGCUGGAGUACGAGAUCGUGCAGGUGGUAGACACUGGCCCCAUCCUGCGGGACAUGGCCUUCUCCAUGGAUCAUGAACACCUCUACAUCAUGUCAGAGAAGCAGCUCACCAGGGUGCCUGUGGAGUCCUGCAGUCAGCACGAGACCUGCAGCGAGUGCCUGGGCUCGGGAGACCCCCACUGUGGAUGGUGUGUCCUCCACAACACGUGCACGAGGAAGGAGCGGUGCGAGCGCUCCAGCGAGCCGCGCAGAUUCGCCUCGGAGAUGAAGCAGUGUGUGCGCCUCACCGUGCACCCCAACAACAUCUCUGUCUCCCAGUACAACGUUCUGCUGGUCUUGGAGACCUACAAUGUCCCCGAGCUGUCAGCAGGAGUCAACUGCACCUUCGAGGACCUCUCGGAGAUGGAUGGCUUAGUGGUGGGCAGCCAGAUCCAGUGCAUCUCUCCAGCUGCCAAGGAGGUGCCACAGAUCAUCACAGAGAAUGGUGACCAUCACAUUGUCCAGCUUCAGCUCAAGUCCAAGGAAACAGGGAUGACCUUUGCCAGCACCAGCUUCGUCUUCUACAACUGCAGCGUCCACAACUCGUGCCUGUCCUGCGUGGAGAGCCCUUACCGCUGUCACUGGUGCAAGUACCGCCAUGUCUGCACCCAUGACCCCAGCUCCUGCUCCUUCCAGGAGGGACGAGUCAAGAUGCCUGAGGACUGUCCCCAGCUGCUGCAGGCUGAGAAGAUCCUGGUGCCCGUGGAGGUGAUCAAACCCAUCACGUUGAAGGCCAAGAACCUGCCCCAGCCACAGUCGGGCCAGCGGGGCUACGAGUGCAUCCUGAGCAUCCAGGGCAGCGAGCAGAGGGUGCCAGCCUUGAGGUUCAACAGCUCCAGUGUGCAGUGCCAGAACACCUCGUACUCGUACGAAGGGAUGGAGAUUAACAGCCUGCCAGUGGAGCUGACAGUUGUGUGGAAUGGGAAUUUCAACAUUGACAACCCAGCACAGAACAAAGUUCACCUGUACAAGUGCGGGGCCAUGCGGGACAGCUGCGGACUCUGCCUGAAAGCCGACCCUGACUUCGAGUGUGGCUGGUGCCAGGGACAGAACCAGUGCACGUUGAAGCAGCACUGCCCAGCCCAGGACAGCCAGUGGCUGGAGCUCUCCAGCACCAAGGGCAAGUGCACCAACCCCAAGAUCACAGAUAUCAACCCCGUGACGGGCCCCCGUGAGGGAGGCACCAAAGUGACCAUCCGUGGGGAGAACCUGGGGCUGGAAUUCCGGGAUAUUGCGUCCCAUGUCAAGGUGGCUGGUGUGGAGUGCAAGCCACUGGUGGAAGGGUACAUCCCAGCAGAACAGAUCGUGUGUGAGAUGGGGGAGGCCAAGCCCAGCCAGCACGCUGGAUUCGUGGAAAUCUGUGUGGCCGAGUGCAAGCCAGAAUUCAUGGCCAGGUCUUCUCAGCUCUACUACUUCAUGACGCUGACCCUCUCUGACCUGAAGCCCAAGCGAGGACCAGUGUCGGGUGGCACCCAGGUGACCAUCACAGGCAACAACCUCAACGCUGGCAGCAACGUCAUUGUGACCUUUGGCCGACAGCCCUGCCUCUUCUACAGGAGAUCCACCAAGCACAUUGUCUGUAACACCACAGCCUCCUAUGAAGGUUUUGAGAAGGUGAAGGUGUCUGUGAGAGUGGACAAGGCCAAGAUCCAUCAGGAGCUCCACUAUGAAUAUGUAGAGGAUCCCACCAUCCUGAGGAUCGAGCCUGAGUGGAGCAUCUUCAGUGGCAACACUCCCAUUGCCGUGUGGGGAACUCACCUGGACCUCAUCCAAAACCCUCAGAUCCGGGCAAAGCACGGUGGAAAGGAGCAUGUCAAUAAUUGUGAGGUGCAGAACAGCACAGAGAUGACUUGCCAGGCCCCAGCACUGGCUGUGGACCCCAAUCACCAGUCUGAGCUCGCUGAACGUCCGGAGGAAUUUGGCUUCAUCCUUGACAAUGUGCAGUCCCUGCUGAUCCUCAACAAAACCAACUUCACCUACUACCCCAACCCUAUUUUCGAGGUUUUCAAUCCCUCAGGGAUCCUGGAGCUGAAGCCUGGAAGUCCCAUCAUUCUGAAGGGCAGGAAUCUGAUCCCACCAGUGGCAGGAGGCAAUGCCAAACUGAACUACACCGUUCUGGUGGGUGAGAAGCCCUGUGCAGUGACAGUGUCAGAUGUGCAGCUCCUCUGUGAGUCCCCAAACCUCACUGGAAGGCACAAGGUGAUGGCUCGUGUGGGAGGGAUGGAGUUCUCUCCAGGGAUGGUCUACAUCUCCCCAGACAGCCCUCUCAGCUUGCCAGCUAUCGUCAGCAUCGCGGUGGCCGGCGGGCUGCUCAUCAUCUUCAUCGUGGCCGUGCUGAUAGCGUACAAGCGCAAGUCCAGGGAGAGCGACCUCACCCUCAAGCGCCUGCAGAUGCAGAUGGACAACCUGGAGUCCAGGGUGGCACUGGAGUGCAAAGAAGCCUUUGCAGAGCUGCAGACAGAUAUCCAUGAGCUGACGAGUGACCUGGAUGGAGCCGGGAUCCCUUUCCUCGACUACCGAACCUACACAAUGAGGGUGCUUUUCCCUGGCAUUGAAGAUCAUCCAGUCCUGAGGGAUCUGGAGGUCCCUGGCUACCGACAGGAAAGGGUGGAGAAGGGCCUGAAGCUCUUUGCCCAGCUGAUCAACAACAAGGUUUUCCUGCUGUCCUUCAUCCGCACGCUAGAGUCGCAGCGCAGCUUCUCCAUGCGGGACCGCGGCAACGUGGCCUCGCUGAUUAUGACGGUGCUGCAGAGCAAGCUGGAGUAUGCCACAGAUGUCCUCAAACAGCUCCUGGCCGACCUCAUCGACAAAAACCUGGAGAGCAAGAACCACCCCAAGCUGCUGCUCCGUAGGACAGAGUCUGUGGCUGAGAAAAUGCUCACCAACUGGUUCACCUUCCUCCUCUACAAGUUCCUCAAGGAGUGUGCUGGAGAGCCUCUCUUCUCCCUUUUCUGUGCCAUCAAGCAGCAGAUGGAGAAGGGCCCCAUUGACUCCAUCACUGGGGAGGCUCGGUACUCCCUGAGCGAGGACAAGCUCAUCCGACAGCAGAUCGACUACAAGACCCUGGUGCUGAGCUGUGUGAACCCUGACAAUGUGAACAGCCCCGAGAUCCCGGUGAAGAUCCUCAACUGUGACACCAUCACGCAGGUCAAGGAGAAGAUCCUUGAUGCCAUCUUCAAGAACGUGCCCUGCUCCCAUCGGCCCAAAGCUGCUGACAUGGACCUGGAGUGGCGGCAGGCAAGCGGGGCAAGGAUGAUCCUGCAGGAUGAAGACAUCACCACCAAGAUAGAGAACGACUGGAAGAGACUCAACACACUGGCACACUACCAGGUCCCAGAUGGAUCUGUGGUAGCUUUGGUCUCCAAGCAAGUCACUGCCUACAACGCAGUCAACAACUCCACAGUAUCCCGGACGUCAGCCAGCAAGUAUGAAAACAUGAUCCGCUACACAGGCAGUCCCGACAGCCUCCGCUCACGCACCCCCAUGAUCACCCCCGACCUGGAGAGUGGCGUCAAGAUGUGGCACCUGGUCAAGAACCACGAGCAUGGUGACCAAAAAGAGGGUGACCGAGGCAGCAAGAUGGUUUCUGAGAUCUACCUGACCAGGUUACUGGCCACCAAGGGCACCCUCCAGAAAUUCGUGGACGACCUCUUUGAGACCAUCUUCAGCACUGCCCACCGUGGCAGUGCCCUCCCCCUGGCCAUCAAGUACAUGUUUGAUUUCCUGGAUGAGCAGGCAGACAAGCACAACAUCCACGACCCCCAUGUGCGGCACACCUGGAAGAGCAACUGCCUCCCCUUGCGGUUCUGGGUAAACAUGAUCAAGAACCCCCAGUUUGUCUUCGACAUUCACAAAAACAGCAUCACAGAUGCCUGCCUGUCCGUGGUGGCUCAGACCUUCAUGGACUCCUGUUCCACCUCAGAGCACCGGCUGGGCAAGGACUCUCCCUCCAACAAGCUCCUCUACGCCAAGGACAUCCCCAGCUACAAGAACUGGGUGGAAAGGUACUACUCAGACAUCGCCAAGAUGCCAGCAAUCAGUGACCAGGACAUGAAUGCUUACCUGGCUGAGCAGUCCCGCAUGCACAUGAACGAGUUCAACACCAUGAGCGCGCUAUCCGAGAUCUACUCCUACGUGGGCAAGUACAGCGAGGAGAUUCUCGGAGCCCUCGAUCAAGAUGACCAGGCUGGGAAACAGAAACUUGCCUACAAACUUGAACAAGUCAUAACCCUCAUGAGCAUAGACAGCUGA